UGGUUGGUGGUGCAUGCUUAAAAGUCUUAAAACAAAGGCUGUAUGGAUCUGUUUUUUGAUUAUUUGGAUGGAAUGUCAUAAGAAAGUCUGAGGCAGAGGCUAUUGAUGAUCUAAACAGAUUCUUUGUGGCUUACAAGUCAUAAGACAGAGACUAUGGGGAUGGGGAAAAAUGAACCAAUCCUUAGAUGGAAACGAUUAAUAAUGGCUUAAAUAAGACUUGUUGGAUGGGAAAGAAACACGACCAAAAGCUUGAAGAUGUCCGAAGCCAAAGACUCUUGAGAUAUAGACCCAUGGCUAAUAAGAGCUUUAAAAUUCCCCUAUUUGACUUGUGCUGGAUAGAAAAACAACCCAUUGCUUAGAAAGGUCUGUAGACAAAGAGUAUGGGUUGGUUUACAAUUUUCUUGGAUGGAAAGAAAAACGACCAACAACUAAAUUAAGUUUGUCUGAAACGACAAAUACAAUAUGUGGUAGCUUGGAAAAGGGUCCUUGGCGGAAUAAAAAAAAAGUUCAAAGAAAAAUGACAAAGCGGCUUAAAGACAAUUUGCUGGAUGGAAAAGAAAAACGAGCAAUAGCUAAAUUAAGUCGUAAGACAAAUACUAACCAAAAGGCACUUAUGCUCGAUAAAGAUAAGGCUUAAAAGUAUACAAAAACUAUUAGUUGGAUGAACAGAACGACCAACUCUUAAGAUGACAAUAGAAGAUAUUAAGACAAACUCAUAGUCUAGAAAUCAGUCUUAAUAUAGAGAUUCGAUCAAAAAUAGGUUCUGCUGAAAAAUGCCUGAAGUCAAAGACUAUGGGUUGUUAUUGGACUUGCUGAGAAACAAACCAUGGCUUAAAAAAGACUUGAGACAAAGACAAACAACCUAAGUAUGAAAAAGUGCUUGAGCUGGUGUAUAAUAUAAUGGAUGGAAAGAAUUAUCAAUUGUCUGAAUAUGGCUUAAGACACAGCUGAUACAAAAAAACAACCCACGGGUUUGGGAAGUCCCACUGCUUAGAAAGGUCUUAUUAUGUCAAAGACUACCAACGCCUUAAAAAACCAUAACGCAAAGAUUCUUAACACUGAUUAUGAAACAGAAAAAAGAUUCUUACAUAGCGGUUUUAAAAAAAAAAGGCUUUAAGGCAAAGACUCUGCAUGAACCAUUUAUGUUACAAAAAAAAACCCAUUUAUGUUCCAUGGCUGAUAUAGAACGACCCAUGGCUAUAAGAGUUUUGGAGUCUCUAGACAAAGACUGGCCAUUGGCUAUUUGACUUGCUGGAUAGAAGAACAACCCAUUGCUUUGAAAAGUCUGUAGACAAAGAGAAUCGGUUGGUUUACAAUUUUCUUGGAUCGAAAGAAAAACGACCAACAACUAAGUUAAGUUUGUCUGAAACGACACAUACAAUAUGUGGUAGCUUAGAAAAGGGUCCUUGAUGGAAUCAAAAAAAAAGUUCUAAGAAAAAUGACCAGCGGCUUAGACAAAAGCCUUAAACGGAAAAACGACAAAUGGCUUAAAGACUUCAAGUCACUUAUGCUCGAUACAGAUAAGCUUAAAAGUAUACAAAAAAUAUGAGUUGGAUGGAUAGAAACGACUAACUCUUAAGACGACGACAAUAGAAGAAACUAAGACCAACUCACAGUCUGAAAUCAGCCUUAACAUAGAGACUAAAUCAAAAAUAGGUUCUGCUUUAAAAAAUGUCUCAAGCAAAGACUCUUUUCAUCUCCUCUUAUUGUGUUAUUUUGCAGGGCUUGCAAACCUCUCUAUUUAGAUCUCGUUCUUGAGCCUUUGAAUUUGUUUUUUAAACUCUCUUCUCUUAGAGAAAAUAUUCUACUGUCUCUAAUGAUUUAACGUGAAUGAGAUUAUGAACCUUAUGGAAUCUUGUAAAAACCUGCGAGUUUGGUGAAUCAAUUAAAAACCUCAAAAUACCAGUUGAUGAGCGGUAACUAGUUUUCUUAAGAUUGUGGAAGUGAUGAUCCUAAGUUCAAACUUCAAAAAGGAGAUGGAGAAGCAGUUUGUGGGCAGUUUCAGAAGAGCAUAGUCAUCAUCACACGAAUUUUACAUUGGCCGAAGCUAAAAGGAUUGCUUCCCAGUACCAAAAAGGAGGCUGAUAAGUGUAACGCUGCAACAGAAAUUUGCGAGUCAGCUAGGGAGAUAGAGAGCUCAAGCAUUGUUUCUCAAAGAGAAGAAGGUUACUUCUUUGGGGCUUGGAAAGAUGAGUAAGCAUUUCACUGUUUCGUGACUUCUUCUCACUCACUGUGCCCUGGAGAGUUUCUCGUUGCAAGCAAACUAGAUUUUCUCUUCCGCAUAUAGCUCAUGAGAACAUGAGGAUCGCUUAACUCUCAAGGCAAAGUAUUAUAUGUAGAUCUUUUUUUUUGUUUUGCUCUCGAAUCCAAGUAUAGAUAAUGAAAGUGACUUAUUUUGACUUUUCUUCAAAGUUCAGAUAUAUUUUUGUCUAGUAGUCACAUUGGAAGAGAAGUCACCGACUUCUGUAUUUUUAUAAAACCCAACCAUCAAAUUCUUACUAGCCAGAGAUAAAUAUAUGAUUUAAGAUCUAUCUAAACUAGCGUUUUGUGUUUGUUGAGAUUUGCAUCUGAUUGAGACAGCAAGAAUGAUUUGAUUUUAUGAGGAUUUGUAUUAACUGUAAUAACUGAUAUGAACAUGGCCUGUGCAUUAGUAGGUCAAGAGUUACUUACUUGACUCUAUUUUCUUUUCUUUUUUUUUGUAAAGACUUAACAAAUACAUUUUCAGAUGUUAAGAAACAUGAGAAUGUGGGAAGGGGGACAAGUGCAGAGAAGAGACAAAACUGGAGAAGUCAAAAACGCAAUAAGGUUGACAUAAUGCAGCAUAUGAUAGCUCCAGGUAUCACGCCGUAUCAGCUUUCAAUAUUCAUUCAAGCACAAAAACAGCUGCUUUUUUUCUAUAUAAUUCGAUUUUUUUAUACUAGUGUCAGCCAUUAAAAUAGUGUCUCUCUCUAUGCAUUAUUAUAAUGCUCACAUGGACAGAUUCCAUAAAGUUUUUUUUUUAUAAACGCUUUGGAUCUACCAUUAAAGAACAGAUCUCGGUUCAGUGACUUCUGCAAACCGUCCAAAACCCAUGUGGGUUGUCUAGACUCUAUAGCUUGUGGCUAUUUGUUUUAUAUUCAACUUAUGAUGUGUGUUAUGUUUCUUGUGUUCUUCCUCUGAAGCUUCCUUUCGUGGACUUCUGCUGUUUUUUUUUUCUAAUUUUUGUAUAUCUCUUGACACAGAGAUUGUGAUAUCUAUUUUUUUUUCUUAAAUGGAAAGUUCCAUGAACAAGCGUGGAUACGAAUGCAGUCAAGAGGAUGCAGACAACUUGGCAGAAUCGAAGAGACAAAAAGUGCCUGCUUUGGCAAGUGUUAUUGUGGAAGCUGUCAAGGUAGAUAGUCUGCAGAGGCUUUGCUCGUCUUUGGAGCCAUUGUUUCGCAGAAUCGUUAGCGAAGAGGUUGAACGAGCUUUAUCAAAGUUGGGAAAUUCAAAAUUAACGUCCAGAUCACCAGAACCUAAGAGGAUCCAAGGCCGCGAUGGAAGAAACCUUCAACUUCACUUUAAGACGCGAAUGCCUCCUCACUUAUUCACAGGUGGGAAAGUGGAGGGAGAGCGAGGCUCGGCCAUUCAUGUGGUUCUUAUCGAUGCAAACACUGGAAAUGUAGUCCAAACAGGAGAAGAGUCGGCUUCGAAGCUCAAUGUUGUAGUGUUGGAGGGAGACUUCAAUGAUGAGGAUGAUGAAGAUUGGACGAGAGAGCACUUCGAGAGCUUUGAAGUGAAAGAGCGAGAAGGGAAACGCCCAAUCUUGACCGGUGACACGCAAGUAGUGCUUAAGGAAGGUGUGGGAACUCUAGGAGACCUUACUUUUACCGACAACUCGAGUUGGAUCAGGAGCCGAAAGUUUAGGCUUGGUGUUAAGGCCGCUCCAGGGUAUGGUGAUGGCUUUCACAUUCGUGAAGCCAAAACAGAACCGUUUGCUGUCAAAGAUCAUAGAGGAGAAUUAUACAAGAAACAUUAUCCACCGGCUCUACACGAUGAAGUCUGGAGACUGGAUAGAAUAGCCAAAGACGGAGUGCUACACAAGAAGCUACUUAAAGCUAACAUUGUGACAGUGGAAGACUUCCUUCGACUCCUAGUUAAGGAUCCACAAAAGCUGAGAAAUUUGCUAGGGAGUGGAAUGUCGAAUAGAAUGUGGGAGAACACUAUGGAGCACGCAAAGACAUGCGUGUUGGGUGGGAAGCUUUAUGUGUUUUACACGGACCAGACUCACGCUACAGGAGUUGUAUUUAAUCAUAUCUAUGAGUUCCGUGGCCUUAUUGCAAACGGACAGUUCUUAUCUCUCGAGUCUCUUAACCAUGACCAAAAGAUCUCUGCAGACAUUCUGGUGAAGAUAGCGUAUGAAAACUGGCAUAAAGCUGUUGAAUACGAUGGUAAGCUGUUGAAUUGCUUACCAGUGGCCGAGAAGGAGAUAAAAGGCUUACCAGAACCAAAGAUGGUAACAGCACCAACAGCUCAGAACCAUCAGCAGCUGCAUAACCAGAACAAUAGACAAGCCGUGCAGUGUCAUCAGAAUGUUAUACCUUAUUCUCCCCUUCCCCAGCCGAUUGAAUAUCCUCAGUUUGUGCAGCAACAUUGCAGCCAAUUAUUACCCUCACUACCUAGCAACGUACAAGAGUACAACAGCAGGCCGAUGGAAGGUUCCAACGCAUACAAUGGAGAAGAUUGGUGUCGACCAAGAGCCGGACAAGGUCUCGAAGACAUUUUCAGUGAAGAGAUCAGACUGAGGAGUUCUGAGAUGCUCGAGACUGACGAUAUGCAGAGACUGUUGAAGACUUUUGGGAUCGGUAUGAACACUAUGGGAACAACACAAGGCGGGUUUGGUCAGACGGAUGAGUCUUGCUACGGCUACAAUAUGCCGUACCAAGCUCAGAUCGAUAACACGUACAGGAGAGAGCGUAAUAGAGGGUCGGGAAAAGCUGUUGUGGGGUGGCUUAAGCUCAAAGCUGCUUUGAGAUGGGGUAUCUUCAUACGCAAGAAAGCUGCAGAGAGGAGGCCUCAGAUUGUGGAGAUCGAAUGAGAAAAAAGAGAAGAGAGAAGUCUUUUAGGCUUUUCUUUGAUGACAUUUCGUUUUCACGAAAAGCUUUGGAGACGGCUUCUAAAAACACAAGAAAGAGUUCAUCUUUUGGAUGAACAAUUUAAGAGUAGAGAGAAGUGUACUUUGUUUCGUAUUGUAAUGCUUUCUGUUUGCUCUCUUACAUUUCAUGUUAAUUUUUGUUUUUUUUAAUCGUAUUUUAUGUUAAAUUUAUUAACAAUUUAUUCUCA